GUCUCAGAGUUUACUGACGUCACAACUAAAGAAGAAACGCGAACAGACGACAGUAGAUCACAAGAUAAAAUAGUGAAAUGUUUUCAAGCAUUAUUUAUAUUGGACUGGAUAUCUAAAUCGCCGAGUUAUCUGCACUAACUUAACAGAAGGUUUGAGGUUCGAGUUUGUAAUAUGUCUGUUGUGUUUGUUCCCAAACGGCAGCGCGGAAAGGCGCAAAUCAACCAGGAGACGAUUCAGAGAUUGUUGGAUGAGAAUGAUCAGCUCGUCAGAUGUAUAACAGAAUACAUGCAGAAGGGUCGAGCCACAGAUUGUGUCCAAUAUCAGCAGAUUCUGCACCGAAACAUUGUGUACCUGGGUACCAUAGCAGAUGCAAGCACAGAAAUCCCACCUGAUAAUACUAAUCCUUGUGAAACAAAUACACUGGCUGAGAGUACAGACACAUCAGAAGUUACAGAACAAGGCGAUUAAAAUAUUUUUUUUGUUUGUGUGUACAGAAGUCAAGUCCUAGUUGUAAAUUUGUAAAAAUGUAUAAAGAUACAAUAAACAUUUUUAAUGUAAAAUAAGAAUAAGGUUGUUAUUUUCGGGGGCCUGUUUUCAAUAAAUCAACACACCACAGUGAUUUGUAUCUUAUUAACCUUAUAGCCAAUUUCAGAUUAAUUUUAAAUCUCCCAUUUCUCUACAAAAGUAGUGUUAACUCAAAUAAACCUUUCUGAACACAUAU